CUUUCUACUUCAGAGAAAGCCCGCCUCACAACACAGCCAGCAACUGUGGAAAAAGCCUCAAUUCGGCAAGAACUAACAAGCUUCGAAGUUUAUUUUGGAACCUUAAAAAAAAAAGUCUCUUCUACUUACCACCAUUUGAGAUCCACUGCAGGAAAACCAAAAAGGAAAAGCUCGCUUAAAAGAAGUCUAAGGACAAAUUAGGAAUGUUUCAGUUUCUGAAACCCUGCACUGAAAAUCAAAGUGAGAUUGACAACUGGAACUUAAACUUUCUGGAGCCUGAAGAAACUUUCAUUUUGGAAUAUUCAUCUUAACUACAGAAAAACAAGUUUACAAGACAAAUGACUGUGUUCCUAUCUAAAGACACAGCUUUUCUUUACAAUUGCGAUCCUAUGGGUUGGCUUCACGACUGAACUUUCCCUCAAAUAAGCCCCAGAUUCAUGGAUUUUCUCGGGACUAGAAAAAUGAGAAUAUUUUCCUGUUGAAGAAGCUACUGGAAAGUUUACAGCAACAAGUUUCAUGUUUCUUUUGGAGAUUUCUGAAGGAAAUAUAAUUUAUAAAAACACUAAGAGAUCCAAAUAAUCUGCAAACAAAUUGAGUGUUGGUUAGUCACAAUCAGAAUACCGAAGACGACUGCCAGCAAGGGACAAAAAGGCCUCACUCAGAAAGCGGGACUGCCUUUAUCAUGGUAAGCUCUAACAGCUCCCAUUGCUUCUAUGAUGACUCCUUUAAGUACACUUUGUAUGGCUGCAUGUUCAGCAUGGUGUUUGUGCUUGGGUUAAUAUCCAAUUGUGUUGCUAUAUAUAUUUUCAUCUGUGCCCUCAAAGUACGAAAUGAAACUACAACGUAUAUGAUUAACUUAGCAAUGUCAGACUUGCUUUUUGUUUUUACUUUACCCUUCAGAAUUUUUUACUUUGCAACACGAAAUUGGCCAUUUGGAGAUUUGCUUUGUAAGAUCUCUGUGAUGCUGUUUUAUACCAACAUGUAUGGAAGCAUUCUGUUCUUGACAUGUAUUAGUGUAGAUCGAUUUCUGGCGAUUGUCUACCCAUUUAAGUCAAAGACUCUAAGAACCAAACGAAAUGCAAAGAUUGUGUGCGUUGCUGUGUGGUUAACUGUGAUGGGAGGAAGUGCACCAGCAGUGUUUUUUCAGUCUACCCACUCUCAGGGUAACAAUACCUCAGAAGCCUGCUUUGAAAACUUUCCAGAAGCCACGUGGAAAACGUAUCUCUCAAGAAUUGUAAUUUUCAUCGAGAUAGUGGGAUUUUUUAUUCCUCUCAUUUUGAACGUAACUUGUUCUAGUAUGGUGCUAAGAACUUUAAAUAAGCCAGUGACAUUAAGUAGAAGCAAAAUAAACAAAACUAAGGUUUUGAAAAUGAUUUUUGUCCAUUUGGUCAUAUUCUGUUUCUGUUUUGUACCUUACAAUAUCAAUCUGAUUUUAUAUUCCCUUAUGAGAACACAAGCGUUUGUUAACUGCUCCGUAGUGGCAGCAGUAAGGACAAUGUACCCAAUCACUCUCUGUAUUGCUGUUUCCAAUUGUUGCUUUGACCCCAUAGUUUACUACUUCACAUCGGACACAAUUCAAAACUCGAUAAAAAUGAAAAACUGGUCUGUUAGGAGGAGUGACUCCAGAUUCUCUGAAGUUCAAGGCACAGAGAAUUUUAUUCAACACAACCUACAGACCUUAAAAUGUAAAAUAUUUGACAAUGAAUCUACAAUAUAAGCUGCCUGAAAUAAAAGCACUGGGACUUCACUGGGACAAAAAGCUACAAGUUCCUUCAACUGUGAAAAGUAUUCUCUUGGAAAAACGAUUUCUCCACCUCCAAAAGAAAAUAAACAUAUGAACAUUUUAAUGUUUUUAAAGAAGAUUUGUAUUCAAUGUAUUAAGCAUUAAAAUAUAUUCCGUUCUUGUAUAAACUCCAUUUUAUUUUUCUGAGCCACUAUCAUGUGUUUUCUUCAUUAAAAAGAUCUCUUAAAAUU